AUGCUAGUCCAAGUCGCAUUCUGUCUCCUGCAACCACCCCAGCUCCUUCCCCACCACAUCCAUGCGCUUCCUCAGCGAGUCGAAGUCCGUUGGCCAGGGCAGGGAAUACGCGAGGCUGAGAUUAUCUGCUCUCCUGGCAUCCUCCCUCCCAUCCCCUCCCUCAUCCUCGCAUCCUCUCUCCCAUCCCCUCUCUCGUCCUCCUCGCAUCCUCUCUCCCAUCCCCUCUCUCGUCCUUGCGUCCUCUCUCCCAUCCCCUCUCUCAUCCACGCAUCCUCUCUCAUCCUCGCAUCCUCCCUCCCAUCCCCUCUCUCAUCCUCGCAUCCUCUCUCCCAUCCCCUCUCUCGUCCUCCUCGCAUCCUCUCUCCCAUCCCCUCUCUCGUCCUUGCGUCCUCUCUCCCAUCUCCUCUCUCAUCCACGCAUCCUCUCUCCCAUCCCCUCUCUCAUCCUCGCAUCCUCUCUCCCAUCCCGUCUCUCAUCCUCGCAUCCUCUCUUCCAUCCCCUCUCUCAUCCUCGCAUCCUCUCUCCCAUCCCCUCUCUCAUCCUCGCAACCUCUCUCCCAUCCCCUCUCUCAUCCUCGCGUCCUCACUGCCAUCCCCUCUCUCAUCCUCGCAUCCUCUCUCCCAUCCCCUCUCUCAUCCUCGCAUCCUCUCUCCCAUUACCUCUCUCAUCCUCGCAUCCUCUCUCCCAUCCCCUCUAUCAUCCUCCUCGCAUUAUCUCUCCCAUUCCCUCUCUCGUCCUCGCGUCCCCUCACCCAUCCCCUCUCUCAUCCUCGCAUCCUCUCUCCCAGCCCCUCUCUCAUCCUCGCAUCCUCUCUCCUAUCCCCUCUCUCAUCCUCCUCGCAUUAUCUCUCCCAUUCCCUCUCUCGUCGUCGCGUCCUCUCACCCAUCCCCUCUCUCAUCCUCGCAUCCUCUCUCCCAUCCCCUCUCUCAUCCUCGCAUCCUCUCUCCCAUCCCCUCUCUCAUCCACGCAUCCUCUCUCCCAUCCCCUCUCUCAUCCUCGCAUCCUCUCUCCCAUCCCCUCUCUCAAAAUCGCAUCCUCUCUCCCAUCCCCUCUCUCAUCCUCGCAUCCUCUCUCCCAUCCCCUCUCUCAUCCUCGCAUCCUCUCUCCCAUCCCCUCUCUCAUCCUCGCAACCUCUCUCCCAUCCCCUCACUCAUCCUCGCAUCCUCUCUCCCAUCCCCUCUCUCAUCCUCGCAUCCUCUCUCCCAUCCCCUCACUCAUCCUCGCAACCUCUCUCCCAUCCCCUCUCUCAUCCUCGCAUCCUCUCUCCCAUCCCCUCUCUCAUCCUCGCAUCCUCUUUCCCAUCCCCUCUCUCAUCCUCGCAUCCUCUCUCCCAUUCCCUCUCUCAUCCUCGCAUCCUCUCUCCCAUCCCCUCCAUCAUCCUCGCAUCCUCUCUCCCAUCCCCUCUCUCAUCCUCGCAUCCUCUCUCCUAUCCCCUCUCUCAUCCUCCUCGCAUUAUCUCUCCCAUUCCCUCUCUCGUCGUCGCGUCCUCUCACCCAUCCCCUCUCUCAUCCUCGCAUCCUCUCUCCCAUCCCCUCUCUCAUCCUCGCAUCCUCUCUCCCAUCUCCUCUCUCAUCCUCGCAUCCUCUCUCCCAUCCCCUCUCUCAUCCUCGCAUCCUCUCUCCCAUCCCCUCUCUCCUCCUCGCAUCCUCUCUCCCAUCCCAUCUCUCAAAAUCGCAUCCUCUCUUCCAUCCCCUCUCUCAUCGCCGCAUCCUCUCUCCCAUCCCCUCUCUCAUCCUCGCAUCCUCUCUCCCAUCCCCUCUCUCAUCCUCGCAACCUCUCUCCCAUCCCCUCUCUCAUCCUCGCAUCCUCUCUCCCAUCCCCUCUCUCAUCCUCGCAUCCUCUCUCCCAUCCCCUCACUCAUCCUCGCAACCUCUCUCCUAUCCCCUCUCUCAUCCUCGCAUCCUCUCUCCCAUCCCCUCACUCAUCCUCGCAACCUCUCUCCCAUCCCCUCUCUCAUCCUCGCAUCCUCUCUCCCAUCCCCUCUCUCAUCCUCGCAUCCUCUUUCCCAUCCCCUCUCUCAUCCUCGCAUCCUCUCUCCCAUUCCCUCUCUCAUCCUCGCAUCCUCUCUCCCAUCCCCUCCAUCAUCCUCGCAUCCUCUCUCCCAUCCCCACUCUCAUCCCCGCAUCCUCUCUCCUAUCCCCUCUCUCAUCCUCCUCGCAUUAUCUCUCCCAUUCCCUCUCUCGUCCUCGCGUCCUCUCACCCAUCCCUCUCUCAUCCUCGCAUCCUCUCUCCCAUCCCCUCUCUCAUCCUCGCAUCCUCUCUCCCAUCCCCUCUCUCAUCCUCGCAUCCUCUCUCUCAUCCCCUCUCUCAUCCUCGCAUCCUCUCUCCCAUCCCCUCUCUCCUCCUCGCAUCCUCUCUCCCAUCCCAUCUCUCAACAUCGCAUCCUCUCUCCCAUCCCCUCUCUCAUCCUCGCAUCCUCUCUCCCAUCCCCUCACUCAUCCUCGCAACCUCUCUCCUAUCCCCUCUCUCAUCCUCGCAUCCUCUCUCCCAUCCCCUCUCUCAUCCUCGCAUCCUCUCUCCCAUCCCCUCUCUCAUCCUCGACUCCUCUCUCCCAUCCCCUCUCUCAUCCUCGCAUCCUCUCUCCCAUCCCCUCUCUCAUCCUCCCAUCCUCUCUCCCAUCCCCUCUCUCAUCCUCGCAUCCUCUCUCCCAUCCCCUCUCUCAUCCACGCAUCCUCUCUCCCAUCCCCUCUCUCAUUCUCGCAUCCUCUCUCCCAUCCCCUCUCUCAUCCACGCAUCCUCUCUCCCAUCCCCUCUCUCAUCCUCGCAUCCUCUCUCCCAUCCCCUCUCUCAUCCUCGCAUCCUCUCUCCUAUCCCCUCUCUCAUCCACGCACCUCCCUCCAUCCACUCUCUCAUCCACGCAUCCUCUCUCCCAUCCCCUCUUUCAUCCUAGCAUCCUCUCUCCCAUCCCCUCUCGCAUCCUCGCAUCCUCUCUCCCAUGCCCUCUCUCAUCCUCGCAUCCUCUUUCCCAUCCCCUCUCUCAUCCUCGCAUCCUCUCUCCCAUCCCCUCCAUCAUCCUCGCAUCCUCUCUCCCAUCCCCACUCUCAUCCCCGCAUCCUCUCUCCUAUCCCCUCUCUUAUCCUCCUCGCAUUAUCUCUCCCAUUCCAUCUCUCGUCCUCGCGUCCUCUCACCCAUCCCUCUCUCAUCCUCGCAUCCUCUCUCCCAUCCCCUCUUUCAUCCUCGCAUCCUCUCUCCCAUCCCCUCUCUCAUCCUCGCAUCCUCUCUCCCAUCCCCUCUCUCAUCCUCGCAUCCUCUCUCCCAUCCCCUCUCUCAUCCUCGCAUCCUCUCUCCCAUCCCCUCUCUCAUCCUCGCAUCCUCUCUCCCAUCCCCUCACUCAUCAUCGCAACCUCUCUCCUAUCCCCUCUCUCAUCCUCGCAUCCUCUCUCCCAUCCCCUCUCUCAUCCUCGCAUCCUCUCUCCCAUCCCCUCUCUCAUCCUCGACUCCUCUCUCCCAUCCCCUCUCUCAUCCUCGCAUCCUCUCUCCCAUCCCCUCUCUCAUCCUCGCAUCCUCUCUCCCAUCCCCUCUCUCAUCCUCGACUCCUCUCUCCCAUCCCCUCUCUCAUCCUCGCAUCCUCUCUCCCAUCCCCUCUCUCAUCCUCCCAUCCUCUCUCCCAUCCCCUCUCUCAUCCUCGCAUCCUCUCUCCCAGCCCCUCUCUCAUCCACGCAUCCUCUCUCCCAUCCCCUCUCUCAUUCUCGCAUCCUCUCUCCCAUCCCCUCUCUCAUCCACGCAUCCUCUCUCCCAUCCCCUCUCUCAUCCUCGCAUCCUCUCUCCCAUCCCCUCUCUCAUCCUCGCAUCCUCUCUCCUAUCCCCUCUCUCAUCCACGCACCUCCCUCCAUCCACUCUCUCAUCCACGCAUCCUCUCUCCCAUCCCCUCUUUCAUCCUAG